AUGUUCGGAAACAGCAGCCAAUUCGACUCCGUCGCCGCCGCCUUCUCUGGCGGCGGCUUUGUCCCAUCUCAGUCCACUCAAGGCCCAGACGCAUCCCUUUCCUCGGCCAAGGUGCUGAAUGAUGCUGUUGACAACAAUGAAGUAGCGGGAGUAUUAGAUGGGAUGUAUGUUGUUGUUCAUGGGCACUUGAAAAGCUUUCAGGGUAAAAUGCAGAUAAUGAGCUUUGCUAUAAGGCCCGUGACUGACUAUAAUAUGAUUGCAAACCACUUUCUUGAAUGUAUUUAUGUCCAUCACUGCAAUGCCAAGCCAAAGAUACAAAGUAGCCUUUCUACCCAGAAUCCAACUGAAGGGCAGUCCCAGGUCAACACUCAAUCAAAUGGAUAUAAUUCUACCUCCACAGUUCAAUUCUCUGGACAGAAUUGUAUGGAUGGGCUCAAGGGCAUUGAAAAAAUGGUGAUGGAUUAUUUGCAUCAGCCUUCAUCAAUUGCGCAGGAAAAGGGAAUGCACAGGAAUGAGAUCGCUCAACAGCUUAAAGUUCCAUUGGAGAAGAUCUUGGAAGCAAUUGAGUCACUUGAAGCAGAAGGUCUGGUUUACUCAACCAUUGACGAGUGCCACUAUAAGUCUACUAGUGCUUGAAGCUCAAUAUGAGCAUAGAUAUUGGAUAGCCAAGUUUGUUAAGUAUGGAGUGGCAGAACUAGUGUAAUGUUACUAGGUUAAUCCUAUUUAAGAGUAUUCCCCAUUUUAUGUUGAUGACAGAAGUGAGUUUUCUUUACUACAUAUAUGUUAAAGAAAGUUUAGAGUGAUAUCCAAUUUUAUCAGUAAAUAAAAUUUAUAUAUUUAGUAGUUACAUUAAAA